AGAAACCACGUGGCCCUCGUCUGAUCUCACAGCUCGUCCUUGUUUGGCCUCAGCUGCAUCAGAGCGCCACUUCUCCCCAGGUUCACCAGAGGAAACACCACUGCACAAAAUGCUUUUCCUCCCAGCUGCUGCUCUGUGCUGUCUGUGUUCAGCGCUGGUUGCCAGGGCAGCAGACCUGAUUCAGGAUGAUUUAACAUUGACCAGGAGAGCUGGUGAAAAAGUCUCCUUCAGCUGUGGAGGAACUAAUCAGUGCAGUACAUAUGUAUUCUGGUACCAGAAGAAAGACACAGAAACAUUCACAAGGAUUCUUCGUAUUGAAAAGAGUAAUGGUAACGUAGCUAAACCUUACAAUCACCCACAGCAAGAUGAUUUCUCAGCUGUAAAUAGACAGAACGACUGUGAGUUGAAGAUCCAGACAGUUAAACUCUCACAUUCAGCCACCUACUACUGCUCGUGUUGGAAAGGUUCCCACAUGUGUUUCACUGUGAAUGUCAUGAUCUUUGGCUCUGGCACCAAACUGUUUGUAACAGAUGAGCAGGUAGUGAAGCCCGUGGUGAGCGUGUACCCAGCAGCCCACCUGGAGGGGAAGAGCUCCCUGCUGUGUCUGGCCUCAGCCAUGUCUCCUCCUCUGGUCCAGUUCUCCUGGAAAAGACAGAAGAAGAACGGCCAGCUGGAGGAUCUGCCCACUGCUGAGGGAGAGCGGUUGGAGCUCAGAGAGCCGAGACGCACCGCUUCCAUCCUGCUGCUCCAUCAGCAAGAGAAGAGCACAUAUAAAUACCGCUGCUCCGUCAAGCACGAAGGGGGCACAGUGAGGGACCAAACAGAACAAGAUGUUUCUACUCUUCCUCCAUCAACAGCAGCUCCAACUACAGCUCCAUCAGCAUCUCUGACACCACCUCCAUCAGCAGAUCCACCAGCAGCUCCUCCAGCAGCUCUUGUCCCGUCUCAGUACCAGGUGAAGCUGCUCUGUGUGCUGUACACAGUGCUGAUAGUGAAGAGUCUGGUGUACUGCUGUGGACUCUCUCUGCUGAUGAUCCUCAGAAACAAGGGACCGUCCACCAACUGCACACAUGCUGACUGACUGUUUUCUGCUCGCCUUUUCUCACCAUCACAUCUCAUCAAUUCAUCUCAUUUAUCACUUUGAUCAGUGUCACUUAUGAUGUGUUGUGGUUAAAUUUACGGUUAAGACAAAGUUGUCUUAAAACUAUAAAUACACACACAUACAGUAUAUUUGCAGUUACUAGGUGUAAAUUCUGUAGAAUAUUAAUAUCUUGAUGCUCUAGUUUAAUUCCACUUUUAAUCAUGACUUGUAUUAUAGUGUAGAAUGAAGUUAAAAUAUUAGCUACCUGGUAGAUAUUUAAGUGCUUACAGUAUUUUUUUCUUUCUUGUGUAUUUUCUUUUUAAUACAUUAUGCAGAGGGCGGCAGGCUUGUCAAAGUCAUUCAGUGUAACAUCCUCAAUAAACUGAAACAUCACAGUUUCUGUCAUUAAUAAUCAUCCAUGUUUUUAUUGAUUUCCGUUUGGCUUCACAUAAUACACAUAAUCAGACAUAGAAUCCACUAAAUUAGCCAAGUUUGAAACGUACAAGUAAUUUGACUCUUGGCAAAUGUACAGGAAGAUACAAAGAAAAGCGUACAGCUAAACAGAAACAUCAAAGUAAAGACAAGCAAACAUAAACAUAUAGCUAUUAAAUACAAGCAAGUAGGUGUGGUGUACCAACUGGUUCGGUGAUGGGUCCCCUGAUCAUUUGGCUUGUGUAUUGAUCAUCUUUUAUAAUUGUUUCAGUGUGAAUGUAUAACUCUACGCUGAAGACACUGUUGUUUACACACAUGAAGAAUCAGCAGAGAGCUGCUUUGAAGCUACAGCUGCAAUAAAAAUGAUCACACAGCGGCUUGAUUAGUCUGCACUGAAGCCUGAAUCUUGUCAAAAUGAUGGGUGUGUUUUUUUUAUUUUUUUCUAAAUCACCAAAAUACUGAUCAGCUCUUGCAGUUUUAUCAAGACAAAAUCGAUUGGUACAUUCACAUAUAAUAUGAUUAUAGGAAAACUAAGAUUAUUUAUUAAUUCUGCUACUCUGAUUGAGGAUAACAAAAGGAUAACAAAUUUUAAGCAUUGCAGACAGAAGUGGAUGUUAAAAAUAUUCCAACACUGUAAAUUUAAACACACGGCAGUCAAAAACUUCAAUUUAGAAGAAGAUGAAAGAUUUCAGAAACACCACAGUUUAAAAAUUGGUUUGUUUUAUUAGCAAAAACAACUUCAUAAUAGAAACUGAUGAUAAAACAAAUGGUAACAAGAAAGUA